AUCUGUGUGUGCUGAGCUCUAGAUUAUUUUCAUUUUAUGAACAAGAAAAUCUAGGCUCUGAGAUGUUAAUUACUCACCCACAUUACUCACAAAUGUUGGGACCAAGAACACAACACAGACUUGUCUAGUUCCAAAGCUUGUUAUUAGGAGUGUACGUAAGGUGAAAAAAAAAGUGUUUGUGACCAAUGUGACAUCACUAAAGAUAACUCCUAGGUUUAGCACUGUGACUGGUAUACAUCAAGUGAAUCAGCCAGGUAAUGUUCAGCCAGAACUGAAUUAGUUUGACCAUUUUACCCUUUAAAGUCUUAUUUGGCAUGGGAAGGUUUUAUUUUGUGUUUUUGGUAAUAGUUUAUUGAGGUAUAAUUGGCAUACAAGAAACUGCGUAUACUAACGUGUACAAUUUGGUAAGUUUUGACAUCUGUGAGACCAUCACCCAGCAUGGGAAAAUUUAAGGGCUGCAAAUAAAGAAUACCCGACCUCUGAGAGAACAGGUGAUCUUGGAUGAUUCGGUCUAAGGAGAUCUGUGAACCUCAAGAGAACAGUGAGGCCGGACAUGAGAGCUAAGGGUCGGCUCGGAGCUCCCUUGACAGGCAGGGUCACCUUGCUCUGUUUACUCCUUGGGUUAAAAUUUCGGAGCUGCCCCACCCACGUCCGGCAAGCGGGCUUAGCAGGGGGCGGAACCUCGACUGGGAUUUUCCUGCUCAUUUUCCAUGUCUAACUUGAUACCCGUAUAAGAGCCAAGCUGCCAGAACCUCACUCACACCAAAACCAGGAAACGCAACAAAGCCGGGAUCCCCAAGGUCCCGCCUCUCGGGGUGUUCCCGAGGCGCUUUGGCUCCCGGCAUGCAACGCGCCCGAGGGGCAGUCUGUCCGGAAGGCGGAAGUGAGUCUUCUGAUCGGCGUGAUCUGCGGAAGGCCUGUGAGUCUGCGAAUCUUCUCUGGUAAAGCAUGGCUAAAAGCUUACGGAGUAAGUGGAAAAGGAAGAUGCGUGCUGAAAAGAGAAAAAAAAAUGCACCAAAGGAGCUAAGCAGACUUAAAAGUAUUCUUAAAGUAGAUAGUGAUGCUUUAAUGAAAGAUGUUCAAGAGAUAGCAACUGUAUUGGCACCUAAACAUUACCAAGAGAAAACACAGUGUGCAGUGGAAGGUGAAAAAGAUGACAUGAAAAUGGAGACUGAUAUUAAGAGAAACAGAAAGAGUCUUCUAGACCAGUAUGGACAGUACCCAGUAUGGAUGAACCAGAGGCAAAGAAAAAGACUGAAGGCAAAGCGAGAGAAAGGGAAGGGGAAAAGCAAAGCAAAAGCUGCAAAGGCAGCAAAGGGUUUGGCCUGGUAGACUCAUAAAAACUUGAAAAAUGACACAUGGGACAGAUGUUUGAUUUGAAUGUAUACAUUUUUCACUUUGUAUUUUUUUCCUGUUUGUUUCCAUAUUUCAGCUUGGCCCUUUUCUUCAGUUCAAACUCAGCAUGACUUUUUAGUUUGCUUUGGGAACUUAAAUAAAAUAUUUUCUUUGAUGAAUGAAA